GUCCCACGGUUAAUUCUCGCACUAGAUUACCUAAAUAUAGCUUUCAUCAAAACACGCAGCCCCAUUAAAUCGCUUGCUCAUAUCUCAUCUCUACCAUUUUAGCAUUACAAUACCUCUCUCUGUUUCUCUCUCUCUCUCUAUUGGGAAGAGAUCGAUAUGGAUAAUGGAGAAGUAGUUGAAAAUGAAGAGCUGAUUGUCUGGAGCGGAAACCAGCCGGAGAAGAAGCCAACGGGUGGGUCUGCGCCGCCGGCCAUCGACGACGGUGGCGGUAUCGAGAUGGAGGCGGCCGCCGGAGAAGCCGUACCUAAACCAAACACCGCAGGUGCAUUGAAAGGGAUGGCAAGAUCACAGUUGUAUGAGAUCUGUGCAGCCAAUCGCUGGAGCCCACCAGUCUUUGACUGUUGCAGUGACGACGGUCCAAAUCAUCUGAAAAUGUUCAAGUUGAAGGUAAGGGUAGAGAUAAGCAGGGAACAUAAAGCGACCACUUUGGUGUGUUUUAGCAAUCCGUUUCCGAGGAAGAAAGCGGCGGCGGAGAAUGCAGCUGAAGGGGCACUCUGGUUCUUGAACCAUCUUGGUUAUCGCUCAAACAAUCAGUGAAAAAAAAAACAUUCUGGUUUUUCUGUCAGUCUAUAGUGGCAGUUGGUGACAUCUGAACAUCAUUUAUAAAAACAUUACUGGUGGUCCUUCAUCCUUAAUUAGCUUGUCUAUUUGUGUUGAUUAGAUGCAAUUACAAUAAAAUUGUAAUUGAUGAACAUUUUGUUUUUUAAUUAGAGGAAACAAGUUCUUCUCUCA